AUGCAAUGCUACAAGCCCAACCCCCAGGCCCUGGACCAGUACCAGUCUGUGAGUCAUUUGGGUCGCAAGAGUCGAGGCUUUCAGGGGCGCCUGAUUGUGACCAUCUGGGUGAUCGUGUCUCCAUCGAACUCCAAACAGAAGUACACCUUGAAGGUUAGUCAUGACAGUCUACCUGAGCAGCUGAUCGCCGAGUCCAUCAGGAAGAAAAGCCGAUCGAUGCACCUUUCACCUCAGCAGCUCCGCCUCUGCGUUCAGGAGUACCAGGGCCAGUACAUCCUUAAGGUGUGUGGCUGCGAUGAGUACCUGCUGGAGAAGUUUCCUCUCAGUCAGUAUAAGUACAUCCGCUCCUGCAUCAUCGUGGGACGUCUUCCUCACCUGAUGCUCGUGUCCAAAGACAGCCUCUACUCUCAGCUUCCCGCCUCAGGCUUCGUCACGCCUUCCUACAGCCGUCGGACUCCUCAGCCGUCUCCCUGUCCAGGAGGAGGCGACGGUUCUCCUCCUCGCUCCUUGUGGGCCUUCAACACUCUGCUGAGAGUCCGGCUGCUCUGCGCCACGUACGUGAACGUGAACAUCAGAGACAUCGAUAAGAUCUAUGUGAGGACAGGGAUCUAUCACGGAGGAGAGCCGCUGUGUGACAACGUCAACACCCAGAGAGUGCCCUGCUCCAACCCCAGGUGGAAUGAGUGGCUGACCUAUGACAUCUACCUGGCUGACCUCCCUCGUUCAGCCAGACUCUGCCUGUCUAUCUGCUCUGUGAAGGGAAGGAAAGGAGCUAAGGAGGAGCACUGCCCUCUGGCCUGGGGGAAUGUAAACCUGUUUGACUACAAGGACAUCCUGGUCUGUGGUAAGGUGGCUCUCAGCCUGUGGCCCGUUCCCCACGGCCUAGAGGACCUGCUCAACCCCAUUGGAGUCGCGGGUUCAAAUCCCAACAAGGAGACCCCCUGCGUGGAGCUGGAGUUCUCCUGGUUCAAUCAGAUCGUUGUUUUUCCUGACGAGCAGCAGAUUGAAGAGCACGCCAACUGGACCAUCAGCAGAGAGCUGGGCUACAACUACUGCCACGGCCUGAGCAGCCGUUUGGCCUGUGACAGCAGUGUUUCAUCAGGCGAUGCCGAGCAGCUUCGCUCUCUCUGCUCCAAAGAUCCGCUCUACGAGCUCUCGGAGCAGGAGAAGGACUUCCUCUGGAGACACAGACAUUACUGUGUAAACAUCCCAGAGUCUCUCCCUAAGCUGCUUCUUUCUGUCAAAUGGAACUCCAGAGACGAAGUUUCUCAGAUGUACUGUCUGUUGAAGGAGUGGCCUCUGAUGGAGCCCGAGUCGGCUCUCGAGUUGUUGGACUGUAACUUUCCCGACCCGAUGGUCCGAGAGUUUGCGCUGCGCUGCCUCGUGCAGGGCCUGACGGAUGACAAGCUGUCGCAGUACCUGUUGCAACUUGUACAGGUGUUGAAGUAUGAGAUGUACCUGGACAAUCCUUUGGCCCGUUUCCUCAUAAAGAAAGCUCUGACCAAUCAGAGGAUAGGGCACUUCUUCUUCUGGCACCUGAAGUCAGAGAUGCACAACAAGACGGUUUCCCGACGCUUCGGUCUGCUGCUGGAAGCUUUCUGCAGAGCCUGCGGGAUGUACCUGAAGCACCUGAACAGACAGGUAGAGGCCAUGGAUAAACUGGUGAAUCUGACCGACACACUGAAGCAGGAGAAGAAGGACGAGACUCAGAAAACUCAGAUGAAGUUUCUGGUUGAGCACAUGUCUCGUCCAGAUUACAUGGAAGCUCUGCAGGGAUUCGUCUCUCCACUGAAUCCAGUUCACCAGCUGGGAAACCUCAGGCUGGAGGAGUGCAGGAUCAUGUCCUCGGCAAAGCGCCCCCUGUGGCUGAACUGGGAAAACCCUGACAUCAUGUCCGAGCUUCUCUUCACCAACAACGAGAUCAUCUUCAAGAACGGAGAUGACCUGCGUCAGGAUAUGCUAACGUUGCAGAUUAUUAAAAUCAUGGAGAACAUCUGGCAGAACCAGGGUCUGGACCUGCGCAUGCUGCCCUAUGGAUGCCUCUCCAUCGGUGACUGUGUGGGUCUGAUCGAGGUUGUGAAGAACAGCUUCACCAUCAUGCAGAUUCAGUGCAAGGGAGGCCUGAAGGGGGCGCUGCAGUUCAACUCCAACACGCUGCAUCACUGGAUCAAAGACAAGAACCGCGGCGAAGCGUACGAUCGGGCCAUCGACCUGUUCACGCGCUCGUGUGCUGGUUACUGCGUUGCCACGUUCAUCCUGGGAAUCGGAGACCGCCACAACUCCAACAUUAUGGUGAAAGAGAAUGGACAGCUGUUCCACAUUGACUUCGGUCACUUCCUGGAUCACAAGAAGAAGAAAUUUGGCUACAAGAGGGAGCGUGUACCCUUUGUCCUUACUCAGGACUUCCUCAUCGUCAUUAGUAAAGGCAUCCAGGAGUCCACCAAGACCAAGGAGUUCGAGAGGUUCCAGGAGAUGUGCUACAAAGCAUACCUCGCCAUCCGUCAGCACGCCAGCCUCUUCAUCAAUCUCUUCUCCCUUAUGCUGGGUUGCGGGAUGCCUGAACUGCAGAGCUUUGAUGACAUUGCCUACCUGAGGAAAACCCUGGCCCUGGAGAAGAGCCAGCAGGAGGCACUGGAGUACUUCACCAAGCAGAUGAACGACGCUCACCACGGCGGCUGGAGCACGAAGAUGGACUGGAUCUUCCACACCAUAAGACACAUGCCCAAUGAGCACUGACGCACCCACCCACACACCCACACUGGUGUGUUUGUUUACUGCACUACUGUGAUGAUUAUGAUACUAAUGAUGAUGAUGAUGAUGACAGACUCGUCAUCUGAUGUCAUAGAUUUUCUUUAAAGGUUUUUUGUCCUUGUGUCUUUUGGACGGUUGUCAUAGAAACAUGAAUCUCAGGGUCAAAGGUCAGAGGGGUUUUGAAGAUGCCAAAGGCAGGCUGGGAAAAAAUGACGAUGCUGAUGAUGAAGGUGACGGUGAUGUCACAAAAGUCUUCCAAUCGGUGCUACUGUUAGCUUGUUAGCUGCUGUGCUUUUCAAAAAGAGUCAAACUUUAUUGAGUGAAAUUUUAUUGACAAGCAGCUGUAACUUUAUAAAAUGUUAUUUUUGAGUGACAUAACUUUAUUGAAACCAGCAAAGUGAACACUGUGGUCACUGUGAGAGCAAUAAAACUUCCAAUAACCAAUCAAUAUUUAGAUUAUGACAAUCAGGAGUUCUGACCAGUAGGAAGGCAGAGCUGACCAGCUGUGGGCGGAGUCAUCGUGAUGAUGCAGUCUAGAGACUGAAGUUACCUUCAGAGUUUAUUGGAAGUAUCUUUUGGAGUAUUUUGUUGAUUUGAACCCACUUAAACAGAUUUUUACGAUCAGCAUAUCAUCCUCGUUAAUCAGGGAUCAAAGUACUCGACAAUCUGAACCAAUCAGCUGCUGCCGUUAGCCCUUAGCUAGUCUACUUAGCAUUGUUAGCUGUUGGCUCAUGAGUCAUGCUGAGAUAGUUAGCAUUAGCCUGUUAGCUAUUAGAUAGCUGAGUUGUUGCACUGGAUAAAGGAACUGUGGGUAGGUUUAGUUACCAUAGUGAAAACCCCGUCCCUCUAAUCUCAUUGGCUGCCAGUUCCUAGGGCGGAGCUACAUUCAAAUAGUUUUAUGUCAAGGUGAGAGAUCAAAGCCCCGCCCCCUGCUGCAUGCUAAUCAUUCAUUGCUGACAUCAUCGACUGUGAUGGUUACUAUAGUGACUGAUAACACACGGGGAGAUGUGAUGUGUUUGUUUCCAUGUGAUCAGUAUUGAUUGUUUUUCUGAUGUAUUAAUGAUUUUUAACUAAUUGGUUUCUUCAUGUAUUGAUUAGUGAUGUUAUUGAUUCUUCUUGACCCUCUGACAUAGGAGAGCAGGUCACCUGAAGGGCGGAGCCUGAUGUUAUAACACCAUGCCCAGGUGUUAAAGCACUUAUUGAUCAGUGUUAUUAUGGAUUAUUGUUGUUUCAAAAUAAAAGUUUAACUGGUG